AUGCUACUGUAUGAGGCACAGGGCAUCCAGGAACGACUGAUGGUGACAAUCAGCCGGGGUCAGCAGCCGCCGUUCAAGGGCUUCUUCGCGCAGGCGCGCCUGGUGCGCGACCCGAGCCUGCCGCCGGUGGGCCGCUUCUACACCAAGCAGCACGCGACGGUGUCGUGUGGGGCCGCGCAGGCUAACAGCAUCACACACGCUGACAGCAAGGAGAAGGAGGCGGUGACGUUGCUCUGGGAGUCUCCGGCCUCGCUGGACGAGGAGGUGGCCUUCCGCGUGACGGUCGUGCAGAACUACCGCACGUUCUGGGUGAACCACGACUCUGCGCGCGUGCGCGUCAGCGAGUCUGGUCAGGAGCCGCCGGCGCCGGCCGACGCCGUGACGCCGUCCGCCGCCGCGCCCUCCGCCGCCGCGCCGCCUCCCACCAAGGAGGAGCCCAUCGAUGAUAUGACGCACAUGCUGGUACCGCGCCGCCCGAAGCCGAACCGGAGCUCACCGUCACCGCGAACCACCGAGCCCACCUGCACAGAGAACUGCGAGCCGUCGACCACGACCGCCUCACUGGCCGGGGGAAACGCGCUCGAAACCGUGUACGACGCGUGCCUGCUGAGCAAGGGCUGCUUCGCCCUGUCGGACGGCUGCCUGCAGGGUCGCAACUGCGACCUCAUGGUCACCCACAGCCGGCUGAGCAGCGGCGCCUACCGGUUCCAGCUGUACGGCCGCUUCCAGCCCGGCAACUACCUGGGGCUCGGCCUCUCGCGGGACAAGAUCAUGGGCAGCGACGCUGUGGUCUAUUGCGCCACCCGAGAUGAUGGCGGUUUCCAGGUUUUACACGCGUAUAACCUGGGCAAACAGGCGUUUCCAAUGCAAGCGACGUCCAGGGAGGGGCCUCUGGUCAGCGACUUCUCCAGCGAGUACCGGGACGGUCUCCUGCUUUGCGAGUUCACGCACUCGCCUCGGUUUACCGUCCGGGGCGAAGACUUCGACCUGGUCUCCGAUGACCUGCACCUCAUGAUGGUCAGCGGCACGGCAUCAGCGGACUCGGAGCGGCGGCCGCAGUACCACCGCGACUCGCGCCGCGUCAGCGCCGCGCCCGUCCGCCUGGCCUCGGCCGGCGCCGCGGCCGGCGACUCGGGCCUGCUGUUCCGCGUGCAUGGCGCCCUCAUGGUCAUCGCCUGGCUGGGCACGGCCAGCGUCGGCAUGCUGCUGGCGCGCUACUACAAGCAGACGUGGGUGGGCCGGAAGCUGGCCGGGCUGGACCUCUGGUUCCAGGGUCAUCGGACGCUGAUGGUCAUCACCGUGCUGCUCUCGCUGGCCGGCCUCGUGUGCGUGUUCAUACAGGUCGGCGGCUGGACCGCCACGCCCAUGUUCGGCGCCGAGGGGGCCAACCCGCACCCGCUGCUCGGUAUCAUCUGUGUCGCGCUGGCCGUCCUGCAGCCGCUGAUGGCCCUCUGCCGCUGCCACCCGACGGCCUCGCGCCGGCCCAUCUUCAACUGGCUGCACUGGAUGGUCGGCUCGGCCGCGCACAACCUCGGCAUCGUCACCAUCUUCUUCGCUGUGAAGUUGCCGGCCGCCCAGCUGCCCUUCUGGACCUACUGGGUGCUGGUCAUCUUCGUCGUGCUCCACGUCCUGACGCACUUGGCGAUGUCGGCGCAGCACUGCGUCGCCGACCGGGCGGCACGUGGCCACAAGACCACCUCGGAAGCCUACCGCAUGCGAGACAUGGCGACGAACGGCUACAGCGGCCAGCAGGCCGCCGCCCAGGACGACGCGCCGGGCGGUGGGUUCCGGCGCGCUCUGCUCGGGCUCUACAUCUUCGAGAACCUGGUGCUGGUGACGCUGCUGGUCGUGAUGAUAGUGCUGGCGCCGGCCGACUCCUGGGGGAGCUCGUAGGUCCGCACCGGGGGGCGGUUCUAAGGCCGCCACUGGCGCCGGCCGACUCCUGGGGGAGCUCGUAGGUCCGCACCGGUAGGCGGUUCUAGGGCCGCUGC